AUGGAUUUCCUUUCACAAUCGAUAGUGAAUAGGAUAAUGAAUAUGUUCACGUGUACAUCAUCAUCAGCAUCGGCGAGUCAUUUUCAACUUUCGAAUAAUUUGGAAGAAAUUGGAAAAAUCUAUGAUAUUCAACAGGACCAAUUUAAUCAACAGAUUACACGAGAUGAUCCACCAUACGUUUGGUACACAUCAUAUGCAAUUUGGGGAGCAUUCACAAUAUAUACAAUCGUAACACUCAUAACAUUCUUCUUUAGAAGAAACAAACAACCUGUCAAGGCGAGAUCCUCACUAUUUGUAUUUAUAUUAAUUAUUGCACAUUAUUUUUCCUUUACGAUACUUUCUCUGAGGUUGGCUGUGAAAAGAGAGGCCUUCCCUUGUAUAUUCUAUUUGAGUUUUCAAUUUUAUGGCUUUCCACUGAUAGCCAUUCCAUACCUUGUCUUGUGCAUCAGAUUGUACUAUAUUUCUGAAAUGAACAGAUUACAGGGUGAUAGUUUUAAGAGUCAUUUAGUUUCCAUGGGCGUUGAUCUUUUGGAAACAUCAUCAACAACGGAAAAGAAGCUUGACAAAUCAUCUUCUCAAAUACAUUUGUUGACUGCAAAUUCUUCACUUUCACAGAUAACAACAGAUGCUUCACCAGCAACUGUCUCCACAACAGGUUCAUUCGACCUUGCCCUGGAUAGAAAAAAUUCACAAAACAUUCCACACCUUAAAAGAGAUAGUUCUACAUCGAAGAGUUUUAAGGAGAGAGUGAAAAGUGCUUUGCAUUUAGGUGGAAAUGUUGACAAUACAGCCAAGAGUAAGAAAUGGUCAGAAAAGAGACAAAAGAGAUUGAAGCAAUUGAGAAAAUUGGCUAGAGAGGACUUUACUGCUAAAAUUUUCUUAUUCACUUUCCUCUUGAACAGUAUUAUCUUUUUGGCUUAUUGUGGAGUGUUUUUGAAUAGAUUGACAGGUCAAGAAACUUGGAAUGUGGGUUGUGCUGCUACUAUUCCUGUAUAUGCAGGUUCAAUUUCUCUCAUUCUAUUCUAUGGUAUUUUCAUUCUAUUCUUCUUCUACAAGGUAAUGAGAUAUGCCAAGGAAUCCUUUGGCAUCAAGGCAGAGUUGGUAUCUGUUGUGGUAAUUUGGGCCAUUUUCUUAAUUGGCUUUAUUUUAAUGAGUGUCAUUCCACAAUACCAAGCAGAACCUGAAUAUUACUUUGCAGCUGCAUGGAUGGUUAAUAUUCCUCUCUUCAUUACAAGUAUCAUCAGUGUAUGGAUACCUUUGAUUAGAAGUUUCUUAUGGCAAAACUCUGACGGCAAGAAAAUUGGAAUCAAGAAUAAGAAUAAUUCUGCUGAUAGAAGUGGUAGUAGCAACUUGUUCAGAGAUUUAUCCUCCGAUAUGGAAAAUGAUAGAAUUAGAAAGAUUCUCUACACUGAAGCUGGAUUUCUUACAAAGGAAAAUGCAGAAGAGCAAGAUGAAAGAAUUGUUGAUACUCGUGUCAUUCUCUUUGUCAUGUUUAAUGAGGAGGUUUGUCAGAAAUAUUUCAAAGAAUGGUGCGAAUUGGAGUUUUCAGCAGAGAACUUUUUAUUCUUGUACUUUUCCAAUAAGGUUUUCAACAAUCUUCCAACUCAUACCUUUGAGGAUAUCAGAAAGAAAACACAAAUAUUACACAAACUCAACGAGAGCUUUAUUGUCAAUGGUGCACCAUUCGAGCUCAAUCUUUCAUCCAAUGUAAAGAAGGAGUUUGAUAGAUCUCUUAAGCAACUCAAUCAACUCGUGGAAACCCAUCUCAACAAAAGUGGAGAUCAAGAAAUGACAGAGAAAGGGGAUUCAUCAUGGCAAUCCAGCAACACUGACCUUUUAAAUACCAUCCUUGAUAAUGUAGAAAUAACCUGUUUAAAUUGUGUUCAAGAUACAUGGUCAAGAUUUAUUCUGAGCUCUAACUUUAUUGACAUGGUUAGAGAAUUGAAGAAAUAUGACGAUGAUAUGAAGAAUUUAAAUCUUGUUUAA